UGGUCUACUUUUGUAUUUGUAUAUGUGUGUAGUUAAGUUGAUGGAGGUUGCGGAUAUAGUGAAGUUGAUGUGUAGUUAAAAGUGCAUGUUCUGAGCAUUUCUGCCGAAAACUUGGAAAUGUUAGCUUUGAAGACUUGUUCUCAGAAAUUCCUUAAGCUUGGGUGACAACAAUCGACAGUAGGUUAACAUUGAUCAUCACAACAUCUUUUAACAGCGAACCGACACAAGCUCAACUGAAACUGAAAAUGGUGCUGACAGAAUCUGGAAUCAUUUCAAAAGGCGAGGCGGGGUCGCCAUUGCAGUCGGACCAACAGUACAAAAGCCCGGCAUUCCCCUCUGUAGGAAGGCAGUCAUCAAUUUACUCACUCACCCUCGACGAAUUCCAACAUUCAAUCUGUGAGAGUGGGAAGAACUUCGGGUCGAUGAACAUGGAUGAGUUCCUCAACAGCAUUUGGACCGCGGAAGAAAACCAAGCCCAAGCCCAAAACCCAAACCCUGACACUGCCACCAAUACAGAUAACAACAACAAUCUGCAAGUUUUCACAGGGGAGGCUCCUUCGACAGAUAGAGGUAUUGUUGAACAUCCGAGCUUGACAAGACAGGGCUCUCUUACGCUUCCUCCACCCAUGUGCCAGAAAACAGUGGAUGAAGUGUGGUCGGAGAUACACAAGAGUCGGCAAGAACAGCAACAGGGCGGCGGCGGCGGUGGAAAUAAUAAUAACGUCCAAAAUUCUGGUUCUACCCAGUGGCAACCCACUUUGGGGGAGAUGACUUUGGAAGAUUUCCUAGUUAAAGCAGGGGUAGUUCGGGAACCAGGCAAUCCACCACCGUCAUCUCAGCAGCAGCAGUUUGGGGUGUACCAGAACAAUAACCACCACUCUGGAGUUGGUCCUAGUUUUGUUUCAAGGCCCCCCAUGGGUUACGGCAGCGGUGGAGGUGGCGGUAGUAAUAUUAAUGUGCCUACUUACCAGACGUCGUCUCAAGGUGGGGGUGGGGUUAGCGAGUCGUCAGGUUAUGCAGGAAAUGGGAAGAGGAGUGGUGGUUAUCCACCGCCACCACUGGCGGUGGAUUAUGGUGGAAGAGCGGGAAAUGUACCCGGUUGUGGUGGUGGGCACGGUAAGGUGCAGGGGUUGGGGAUGGGGUCGCCAGUGAGUCCAGGGUCAUCUGACGGGAUGUGCUUGAGUCAAGCGGAUGGUUCGAAUCAGUAUGGGAUGGAUAUGGGUGGGAUGAGAGGGGGACAGAAGCGGGUCUUAGACGGUCCAGUGGAGAGGGUGGUGGAGAGGCGGCAGCGGAGGAUGAUAAAAAACAGGGAGUCCGCUGCGAGGUCUAGAGCCAGGAAGCAGGCUUACACAGUUGAACUAGAGGCAGAACUGAACCAGUUGAAAGACGAGAAUGCCCAACUAAAACUGGCUCUGGCUGAGCUGGAGAGGAGGAGAAAGCAACAGUAUUUUGAGGAAGCGAAAAUGAAGGCUCAGACCAAGGCUCAAAGAGCUACAGAAAAGUUGAGGGUGAUGCGGCGGACUUUGAGUUGCCCAUUGUGAAGUCGAUGAUCAAGAUCAGAUGACCACUCUUUAGAGGCUAUGAUUUUAGUGAAAAACAACAAAACAAAUCAGGGCCUAGUUUAGGGUAGAAUUAUACAAGUUUUAUGCUUUUCAUUUCACCUCGUAACGCUUGUUUUUCCCUCUCGAAGUGCUUGUAUAUAUGUCAGCUCUACUUC